UUUAAGGCUUUGUUCCAUUGUUGCGGUGUGUUUUACUGCUGGUCCGACUCAGGAGUAGGAGGAAGGCCAUCUGUGGCAGAAUACCAUCGCACUUUUCUGUCCUGUCUUUUGUUCACAAUAGGAGGCGUUUGUUUCAUAAAUGUCUUUUUCUUGUAACCGAUCUCUGGAUGGCAGAAUUCCUCCGUCUCCAGCGGAGAGAAGGGACCCCCAGAGGCGGUCCUGGAGGCAUCUGCUGCACAAGCUGCUGGAGGUGAAGGCAGUCAGCCAGGGGACCGCGACAGAUCAGUGCAGGAGUGAACAUGGAUCUGGGGCUGACCUAUCCCAGUUAGAGUCAGACAGUAGCUUCUUCUGCUACCCCAUGGAGGAGACCCUGGCUGCUGAGGUGGUGGCCUUCAUCACACAAAGUUUGAACAACGCAUUCCAAGUCCUGUGCUGCUCCAAACUCAUCCUGCCAGACAGCCUCCUACACAGCAUCAGCAAGGAGCUGCUCCACCUGGCUGUGAAUGAGCCUUGUGGGCUGAGGGGGGCCCUCAUCGACCUGUGUGUGGACAGGGGGGACCAGGGAUCGCUUUGCUCUGUGAGUCAAAUAGCAGUGGAUCCCAGUCUGGUCCCAACCUUCCACCUGACCCUGGUGCUGAGGACUGAGUCCAAUGGACUGUGGCCAAAGAUUCAGAAGCUCUUCAAAAGCAGCAAGCCGACUUCUGCCAUGUCGCCUCGACACCGCAACACCCUGAGACUGAGCUCCGGCUUCAGGGCCAUCAAGAGGAAACUGUACAGCUCAGGAGAGCUGCUGAUUGAAGAAUGCUGCUGAACUCACUCGUGUGCCUUCAUAAGAGACUCCAUUACCCCCGAACACACACAUGGGGAUAAAGCCAUUUUUACUGUAUUUGCAAAGACGCUUCAGUCCUGUAUCAACCUUUUAUUAAUGCUUUUAGUCAAAGAACCAACUUGUGUCACACGGCAGCUACUCACCUGGUCACAGGUGACUCAUCUGAAGUUUCAUGUCUGAACAUGAGUCUGUUUCUUUCCUACGAAUGUGAAGGCACAUCCUUCAGGAAAUGUAUUUGAUAGUCAAAUAUUACCACCUGGAACAUGUUUAGUAUUUUUACCUUAAAGAGUGUGAGAAUAAAUUAUUUUCUAUUAAA